AUGAGCAUCACAGACGUCCUCAGUGCGGACGACAUCGCGGCGGCCCUGCAGGAGUGCCAAGACCCAGAUACUUUUGAACCCCAAAAAUUCUUCCAGACAUCAGGCCUCUCCAAGAUGUCGGCCAGCCAGGUGAAGGACGUGUUCCGGUUCAUAGACAACGACCAGAGCGGAUACCUGGAUGAAGAGGAGCUGAAGUUCUUCCUCCAGAAGUUUGAGAGCGGCGCCAGAGAGCUGACUGAGUCAGAGACCAAGUCCCUGAUGGCGGCCGCAGACAACGACGGAGACGGGAAGAUCGGGGCUGACGAAUUCCAGGAAAUGGUACAUUCUUAA